AUGCCAGAGAAAGAGAUGGUUAUAAGAAGGCCAUUCAUCGAAGCCGUCAACAUGAACUUCUCAAACCAUCUCCCCACCCUCUUCAGCUUGGUCUGCGGUUUAGCAGCUACGGCAAACGCCCUUCCCCUUGUGCCCUCGGACGAAGAUGCAGUCCACGAGCACUCCACGCGUGCUAUCGGACCAAACAGCCAUGGCCGCACGACACCCAUCCCUACUUGGGCCAUCAUCGGUAUUGUGCUGGUCAUUGGUUUCGCCCUCUUCAUCAUCAUCGCCUCGUGCUGUUGCGCCAAGCGACGAAGGGCAGCUGCACCGCCAGCAUAUCUGCCUCCUGCUACAACACAGCCGUCGGCACCGCCAAUGGCGACAGUACAACCGACCAAUUCAUUUCCCGUGGUGCAGGAGCCUCCUCCAGCCUAUACCCCAAGCAAUACUUCAGGCGGAGUCAUCAACCGAUAA